AUGUGUUGCUGCAGCAGCAGUAUAGAGAGAGGAUUCGCCACAUAUACUGGUCUGAUCUCGUGCCUACUUCUGGCCGAGGCUAAUAAUGAACUCCUGAUGAAGAACAGUGAGAUGAGACCUCCAGGAUCAGCACCAUUACCAGAAGCCCACAAAGUUGAAAAGAAAGAUCCCAAAGAAAGCAACCACGUCUAUAAUGAGAGAAGAACACACGGCAGAGGCCGUGGUGGGUACAAAGGACGUGGUGGCCGUGACAAUUACACAUAUGGCCGUGGAUAUGGAAACCACAAUAACUGUGGUCGUGGUUCCAGCUAUGGCCGUGGAAGAGCCAUUUUUGGCCGCGGUCGAGGCGGUAUAUCCAAGCUGUCUUACUCGACCAAAUCCGUUUGUCACAGGUGCGGGAUGAGUAACCAUUGGGCCAAAAAUUGCAGAACCCCUAAGCAUCUAUGUGAACUCUAUCAGGAGAGUCUUAAGAACAAGAACCCAUAA